GGCAGCGCCGGCCCUCUUUUCACUCUGACUGAGUUUGUUUCCUGUGCAGCCGUCAGUCGCUCUGCACCAUCAACAACAUGGCCAUACGCAGAAAAGACAGCUUCCUCUGGGGAAAAGCUCCAAUGAAACUCCCACCAGAACAGAGGAGGCAGAGUGAGGCACAUAAGUUUGAGCUGCUGGAUGACAUUCAGAAACUCAGGUUAGAGAUCAAUCACGUCAUGCCUGAAAUCCACAGCCCUGAACUGAAGGAGCAGAAUAAAAAUGUUGCGAGGAACAGGAAAUUCCUACGUGGGAAAAAGAAAUUUAACAUGGAUUCCAAAAAGGGUGUCCAGUACCUGGUUGAAAAUGGCCUUCUUGAAUGGCGAGCAGAGCCUGUGGCAGAGUUUCUUUACAAAGAGGAGGGGCUCAAUAAGACCGCCAUAGGAAACUUCUUGGGAGAAAGGGAGGAAAUGCACCUGAAGAUACUGAAAGCGUUUGUUGGUCUGCACGAGUUCUCAGACCUGAAUCUGGUGCAAGCACUGAGGCAGUUUCUGUGGAGCUUUCGUCUCCCAGGAGAAGCUCAAAAGAUUGACAGGAUGAUGGAGGCGUUUGCAGCUCGCUACUGUGGCUGUAACCCCGGGGUCUUCCAAUCCACAGACACCUGCUACAUCCUCUCUUUCGCCAUCAUCAUGCUCAACACGAGUCUCCACAACCCCAACGUGAAAGACAAACCCACUCUGCAGCGAUUUGUUUCCAUGAACAGAGGCAUCAACAACGGCGAGGACCUGCCCACUGAGCUGCUCACGAAACUGUACACAAGCAUCCGUAGUGAGCCGUUCAAAAUCCCAGAGGAUGAUGGGAAUGACCUCACACUGACGUUUUUUAAUCCAGACCGCGAGGGUUGGCUCCUUAAAAUAGGUGGUCGAGUUAAAACCUGGAAGAGAAGGUGGUUCAUUUUGACAGACAGCUGCUUGUACUACUUUGAAUACACAACAGAUAAAGAUCCAAUUGGGAUUAUUCCUCUGGAGAACCUGUGUGUCAGGGCACUACAAGACUCAAGCAAACCGUUCUGCCUGGAGUUAUAUAAUCCUAAAGGACAAAAGAUCAAGGCCUGCAAGACGGAGAACAAAGGCAGAGUGGUCCAGGGUAAACACCAGUCGUAUAAGCUCAGUGCAGCCAGCGCAGAGGAACGGGACGACUGGAUAGAUGCAAUCAGGGCGAGCAUCACCAAGGACCCUUUUUAUGACUUGGUGACACUACGCAAAAGAAAGAUCAUCAGCAACACUUCCUCAAAGGACUGACACAGCACCAUCAGUGGAUCAUGGAUUAGUUUGACUGAUGAAUCAUGUUUCAUUUUAAUGACUGCUCACGAAAGAUAAAACCAAGACGUCAUUGCUCUGUAUUUCAAAGAACUGCGCAAAUUGGGAUGUGAUACUUGUAGUGUAAAAAGGAGAAAAGUAAACCGUGGUUUUCACGUUACUUCUGCAAAAUGAAUGCACUGCCGCUCCGACUUCAGGGGCGACAAGUCUGAUGGACAAACAUCUGCUGCAAAGCUAUAACAAUCAUGAAAGUCUAACCUAGAAGACAUACAAUGACCACAAAAAGACUCAAAUGACUCCAGAGAGCCAUAAAACAACUACAAGGAGACAGAAAAUGACCUCAAAGAGACAUAACAAAGACACACAAGGAAAAUUCAGGGACAUAAAAUGACUUUAGACACAGGAAAUGACCACAAAGAUAAAACAACUUCUUAAAAAAACACACAGAUAGACUUUAGCAAGACAUAAAAUGACUAGAAAGAGACGCAAAACAACUGCAAAGAGACAGAAAACAACUUCAAAAAGAAACAAAAUGUUUUUGAAGUGAAACAUAUUGACUUCACUGAGACACAAAAUGCCAACAAAGUAUCAAAAAAUAAAUUGAUACACGCCUUUUAGUCAUGCACACUUUUCUGUUAAUAUGAAAGCAUUUGAACUUAUCAGCUUAUUGAAUCAAUGUUCACAUUAGUGGUCACUUUGUUGUAAAAGCUGAGAUGGCAUUUGCUCGGUCAGACCUGGUAUCAUUUAGGUAACAGAUUCAAUGCAUGCAUGAAUAAGGCUGGAACUACAUGUGCCUUUUCUUCAUCUUCAGUUCUUUUUUAAAAAGACUUACAAAAGACCAAAGUCUGGCACCUUUUCACAUCUGAUGCCAGUGUGUCAUAAACCAGCAUUUGCAGAGACUGGAGGUCUUGUAGGGUCACUGUUUGCAAGACUACAGCUAGAUUCCCAAAUUGGAUACCUAGAGAAAAACAGGUAGUUGUCAAAUCUCAGCACAGAAACUUCAUGAGUUUGGUUUAGGACCACAGCUGAAUCUACUGAUGAAGUAAAUUCAGAGAUUGAAUUUGAGACUGAAAACUCGAUUUCUUUUGAAAGUAUCUCCCAUCAUGGUGUCCUUGUGCGUGCAGCCACUGGCUGAGAUAACAGAGAGAGCACGAGUAUUGGUUUUCUAUAAUGUUUGCAUGAUUGAACUUCAAUACUUGCAGGAGGAAAAAAAAAACUUUUAUUGGAAUAUAAGACAACAGAAAGAUCGACUUAACUGAGUUUUAUGACCACCUGACAUCAAAGGACUGAGAUGACAGAAGAAUGCCACAACUUUUGAAAACUGUCAGAAUUUAAUUUAGACUUUGUGUGCAACCAAAAAUGAUUAUAAAAGUAAAAUAUCAUUUUUAUUGUACGCUGGAAAAAAUCGGAACACAUAUUCAGGAUCAGCACAGGUCUAUAAACACUGUAGAGAGAAUUUCUUGAUUCAUUGGUUCCACAAUUUAACUUGGAUUAAACAGAUUAAAUCUAGAAAGGUUUCCAAUGAAAACAGCAUUGCUGACAGUCCAAACUAAUGAGACUCAAGGUCAAGGUUUGACACAGUUAUCGGGAUCUGAAUUAGGUUUGUGGCUUGCAGCUAUUUAUAGAAGUCUUUCUUUUGCAUUAAUUACAAAUCUGCAGCAUCAGACAGCAGCAGGAUUCAUCUGUGAGCAUCUAAAAAGAGAGAAUAAACGCAACCCAGAUAAAAAUGAAAGAGUGCUGUCAUUUUAACAGAAUAAGGAACUGAAAAGGAAAAAGAACUUAAAUUUUUUACAAAAAUUAACCACAGAAAUGAAGCAAAAACACAAAUACAAUGGCACAGAUGUUUGUGUAUGUGUACUUGUAAACUCUUAGUCUCCCCGUGGCUGCAGACUAUUUGAAGUUACAUAUAUUUAUUUGUUCAUAUUAGAAUAUUUAAAGUGGAUGAUUUUACAGACCAAUGUAGCAAAUAAAAUGUACAGUUUAUUAUAAAUGUGUAUCAAAAGGUUAAAAAGCACUCGUACUUGUUUCUUGACCCUGAUGUGCUGUAGUCACACUUUAGCUUGUGUAAAAAUGCAUUUAGCACUUUUGUAAACCUGUUCCAGCUGUUUUGUAAAUGAAAAUAUGAUUUUUUUGUUAUUGUGUAUUCAAAUGAAUUUUAAGUUAUAAAUCUUUGUACAGCAUGUUUUUAGAUCAUUUUUUGUAAAAUUUAAUGACUUUAUACUUGUGUGGUAAUCAAACUACUUUUCGUGUAUUAAAG